CAUGUCCACCAGACGAAGAAUCGGCGUCAGCAUUGCAACGACAGAGGCUGCUCGCCGGCAACUGAUGCAACCAGUGGUAUGCUGGGAGAAACAAUGGUCCUCUCCGGGCGGCAUGUCCAACAGUGCGUUGAAGGUACACAAAUGGGUUAGAACAGAAAGGAAGCAGCAAUUCAGCGAUGACGAAGGAGAAGUUGAUGAGCCUCUUGCGCCGCUACCCGACGAACCCGAGGUCGUGGAAGGAGACGAGGACGUCGAGCAAGACGAGGUUGCACCAUCCGUAGCCCCUGAAGCUGAGGCAGAUCCAGAGACCGCCGAACCUUCGGAAAUGCCUUCAGAACCCCAGACCAAACCUCCCUCUCCGACACCACCGACACUCAGCCUUGAGCCUACAGCGGUCGGCGGCGUCACCGAGGAGGAGACGAGCAUCCUCGACCCUGCCACGGUCGAGGGUAUGGAUAUGGCUGGGCUCGGUCCAGACGGCACCUCGUUUGAGGGCGUGAAUGAUCUCACUCAAAUGGAAAGCGGAGAUGACCUGCUGGGCGUGCCAAUCAUGGACACUACGGACGAUCCUUUCGCGACGUCUAUGGAAAUGCCGACUGAGGAUGAGGUAGGCGCCACAGAACAACUUGAACCCGCAAUAGUUCAGUCGACGACAUCGCCUUGAGAUACCACUUUGCAUGUACUCGCUAUCCUGGUUAUCAUUUUAUGAGUCGCCCUUGUUCAGGGCACUCAUCAUGCGUGCCGUUGUUUCCUGCCAUGCAUCAUCUACGUCUCGUAAGUUCAGCGAGAAAGAUCUACGUGUCGUUUGGGUUGUUAUCAUGAGUCAGUGGGUG